GAAUCUUGAAUAAUAAAUACAUUCAAAGUUGUAUCAGUCAUCAAAAAGUAUGUUUUAUUUCUGCUACUCCUGCUCAAACAGUAUCAUUCUGAGCUGGGAAAAGGGACAUAAUCAGGAUAUGUCUGCAUCCUAAGGACCCCACAGUUUGUAGUGCCUCCCUCAUUAUCACUGUCAGUGUUUACAAAGACUUCAUUAGCAGCUCGCCCUUUAUUGAUAAACAGCCUAAAGAAGGCAUCUUUGAGGGGUGAUAAGCCUGGGUGAGCUACUGUUUUGGUUGACACAAGUCCCUCUGUUUAUAUUCGGAGCAUGGGAGCGGACAUAACUGCGGUCCUUGCAGUGAUGCAUUUUCAGACUGUGCCAUUACAAAGUCACUUUUAAUGUGUUUGGAAGAAAGUAACAGCUGCUAAAGAUUGGAAGGUGCAGAAAGCUUUCUUUGAAAAUGCUGAACAUCAGAACAUUCCUGUUCCAGUUGUGUUUGAGCCUUGUGGUUUCUGGUGGCUCCUGCAAGCCCUUAAUUGGUGAUAUUCAACCAGAAGACAGUGAGGGACUCUACUCUCAGCUGACACAAGAGGAAGACACAAAAAACAGGAUGGCAAAUCUUCUAGGGACAAUGAAAGAAGACUUUUUGAGGAAACUCAACCUGUCGGAUGUUCCUCAAGAGAAAAACAAGAUCACUCCUCCUCAGUUCAUGAUGGAGCUCUACAACAAGUAUGCUUUGGACAGCUCAGUCAUCCCUCAGUCUGAUGUGAUAAGGAGCUUCACUGUGCAAGAUAUAUCACUGAGAGGGAUCAAUGGCACCAAGUCCAAGCAAAGGAUGAUAUUUAACAUCACUAUCCCCACCUAUGAAAUGAUCACAGCGGUUGAACUGCAGCUCUUUUUUCAGGCAAACACAAGGUCAAAAGACUGUUUCAAUGGCACUGUUAAAGUCUAUGAACUGGACACAACACAACUUCUGGUUGGUAAAGAAGUAACCUGUUUCCACAGCAAGUGGGAAACAUUUGAUAUCACUACAUCUGCUAAAAGCUGGAUUAAGUCUGGCAGUGAGGUCUGUGGGGUUGAUGUAGUGGUGGACACCAAAAGCUGUAAGACUUCGGACAGUAAUAACAACACAGAUGGAUGUUUCAACAUGUCGGUUACCGACACCACUUCUGCAGCUUUGAUAAUCUUUUCUGAUGAUCUUGGAAGCAGAAGAAGAGAGGCAAAGAAAGAACUGAAAGACAUGAUCAUUCAUGAAGAGGAAAGCAUCCUCCACUAUAACACUGUUGAGGAAGAAAAUGAAUUCUCCAAUGUAACAUUUGAGGAUCACCGUCCAAGAAGGAAAAAACGAAAGGCAGAGAGGGAGUACUGUCGUCGCACCUCACUCAAAGUCAAUUUUAAAGAAAUUGGAUGGGACAGUUGGAUUGUUGCUCCUCCAGAAUAUGAUGCAUUUGAAUGUCGGGGCCUGUGCUACCAUCCUCUGACAGAUGAGUCAUCCCCAUCCAAGCAUGCGCUCAUUCAAACAAUAAUGAACAUCAAAAACCCCAAAAAGGCCAACAUGGCAUGUUGUGUUCCUAUUAAACUGGACCCAAUCACAGUUAUGUAUCAGGAGAACGGACGCCUCACUAUAAGGUAUUUGUAUGAAGAAAUGAAGGUGGCAGAGUGUGGCUGCAGAUAGUUUCAUAGAAAAGUAAAUGGCAGUCUGACGUUAGUCUAAUCUAUAUUGUAAUAUUGUAUAUAUUUUAUUUUUAUGUUAUUAAUGUAUUUAGAAAUCAUGUGCAGUAAAAUGUCAAUUUACCUCAUUUUAUUGUAUAGGUAGUACAACAUGUUUCUGCAUUGAUGCAUAUCGUAAUUAAGUAAA